AUGUCAUCUUCGUCAUCUUCGACAAUAUUCUCACUAAACCAGGCUCUUUUGUAUUCACCCAAUACUACUAUCAAUCUCUCGUCAUAUCAAAACUCAAUUGAAACACCGAGUUCUGACAUUGGUUCUAGGAUUGCUUCACAUCACCUCAGAUCGGUAUCUGUGACAGGUUCUCUCGAUGGUGAAAUGAGUGUUAACGACAAUUCGCUAGAGGAAAUUGUGGUCUCCUUUCUUAUCAAUCAUAAACCAAAACUAUUCCCGGCUCUUCCAUUUGGUAUUAACGUCUUACUUCGAACCAUCAAUCAAGUUCACAAUUGUCACAUUUCUUCAGACGCUUUUGAUAAUGCUUGUUUGAAUCUUGCAAUGCAGAUUCCAUCUUCCUUUGUGGUGUCGAAAAUGUGCUCUCAAAACGCCAGCUACUCGUCCAAAUACCAGCUAGAAUUUUAUGAUCCUGAAAUGCUUAUUUUGUGGUCCUCUUCUUCUUUAUCCACUAUUUUCACUCGCUCAUCGGCUUCCUCAUCAGGGUCUUCUACCUUGGACUGCUCGAUAUCAGUUAUUGCAGAUCAUGACACCCCUAACCGCAAUCUCAACGAGAAUAUUGCAUAUGCAGAUAACUCUAAAUUAUAUCAGACUAUGCUUUCUCUCAUUACAAAUGACGACUCUUAUUACGCACAAAUGAGGCAGACUCUAGCCAAUUUGCUAUCUGAACCGACUCAGAGAAAUAUUCUCUACAAAGAACAGAUUUUAUCAGCUAGCUCCACUAAACCCUAUGUUGAAAUUUGCCCGUAUCCUAAACGCAAUGAGUGUUUACUGCAAGGCAGAUUAGAUUGUUUACGCAAGAUCCAUUUUGAGCCUGUUAUCACUAGUAACACUGAUGUCAGUAUUGGAGAUUGUUCUUAUUUAGACACUUGCUUCAAAGGUAAAGGGUGCAAGUACGUCCACUAUCGAAUUACCUAUCCAGAUACCUUUCAAAGGGGUCAAGCCAGACAACCACAGGAAGCCAAACAAAACCAAGGACCACUGUUCCACAUUGCCGAACGAGACUAUUCAAAACCGAAGGUAGGUCAGAAUAUCUCAGAGAAAUAUCUUGUUUUAAUUACUCGCCAAAUACACAAGUGUUUACUAACUGGUCUCUUUAGACUUCUCCCCAGUGGAUUUGCUGCGAUAUCAGGCGACUUGACCUCCGCAUUCUCGGUAACUUUAGUGUCAUCAUUGCCGACCGUAAGUGCAAUUGAACCACAAACCACAGACCUGGAUAAUCAAUUUAAUCUAACUGACUUCCAGCUCCUUGGGAUAUACAUAUGA